AUGGCCCAAACUUCCAUCAUGUCCGCCCCUGCGGCCAAUCUCGCUCCGCCCAAGAAUGAUCCCAUCUCGAUCGCCGACCUGGCCAAGCACGAUGGAAGUGACCCCUCCAAGCCCAUCUACAUCGCCAUCAAAGGAAGAGUCUUUGACGUGACUGCCAAAAAGGAGAUGUACGGGGUAGGGGGCGGUUAUCACGUCUUUGCUGGAAAAGAUGCGAGCAAGGGCUUAGGCAUGUCCUCUCUCGACGCCAAGGACGCCGUCGCCGACUACUCUGGACUGGACGACAAGCAGCUCAAGACGCUGGACCAGUGGGAAAGCUUCUUUGAAAAGCGAUACAACGUUGUGGGUAGAGUCAACUAG